AUGGCUACUGAAACAGUUUUGGUUGAUGAAAUCUCUUACCCUUCCAAGAUCACUACUACCAAGCCUCUUUCUCUCCUUGGUCAUGGGAUUACUGACAUGGAGAUCCAUUUUCUCCAAGUGAAAUUCUAUGCAAUUGGGGUUUAUUUAGAAUCUGAAGUAGUUAACCAUUUGCAACAAUGGAAAGGGAAAUCUGCCAAGGAAUUGGAAGAUAAUGAUGACUUCUUUGAUACUCUCAUAUCUGCUCCUGUGGAGAAGGUAAUUAGGCUUGUGGUGAUUAAGGAGAUUAAGGGUGCACAAUAUGGUGUUCAGAUUGAGACUGCUGUGAGGGACCGUUUGGCAGCUGAUGACAAAUAUGAGGAUGAAGAAGAAGAAGCUUUGGAAAAAACUAUUGAAUUUUUCCAGUCCAAGUACUUCAAGAAAUAUUCAGUCAUCACAUAUCAUUUCCCUGCAAAUUCUUCAACUGCUGAGAUUGUGGUAUCUUUGGAGGGGAAAGAAGAUUCAAAGUAUGUAGUAGAGAAUGCCAAUGUUGUUGAGACUAUUCAGAAAUGGUAUCUUGCUGGUUCAAGGGCAAUAUCUCCUUCAACCAUUACAUCUUUGGCUACCAAUCUCUCUGAGGAAUUGUCCAAGUGA